CCCCCAAGAACAAAAAAAAAUAAUCAAUUUCAUUCUCACUUCCUUCAGUCCGAAUACAUUUUACGUUUUUGGGUUUUCCUUCCUACCUUUCUUUCUAGUAAUAAUGUAAUAUAUUAGUAGUUUGUAGUCCUUUUUCUUUUUUCUGUGUGAUUUUGGAUGUGUUUUUUAAGUAUUUUUUGCAUGAACAGCGACAAUGUGAACAUGUAAACAUUGUGUUCUUGUACUGUAAAAAAAGGAACAAGUAUUUUUUUUUAUGCACCCUUUUUGUUUUUGUUUUUGUUUUCUUUGUUUUUUGUUAAUGCAAAAUGUCACAUAUCAGAGAGAAGAAUCGAGAAGAAAAAAACCUUGGGUUCAAAUGGGGUACUUCGAUAGGGGCUGGAGCGAAGAACAGCGACAUUAUGUUUUACGAGUCCUUUAUCUUUAAGGGUGAAGAGUAUUUUGUUUACGAUUGUGUUUACUUUGACCUUGGACAACCCGAAGCUUCCAUUGGUAAACUAGUGAAGUUGUUUGUGGGUCCAGACCAUGUUAAGAAAGUUAAGGUUGUUUGGUUUAUGCGUCCUAGUGAAAUCAGGAACUAUUUGGGUGAUUAUGAGCCUCGAUGGAACGAGAUUUUCUUGGCUUCGGGUCAUGGACGUGGGGUUUCCAAUAUCAAUCUCGUGGAAUCGAUUGUUGGAAAAUGCAAUGUCGUCUGCACAUCAAAUGAUCAUAGGAAUCCACAAGCAUAUUCUGAAGCAGAUUUGAGACGGGCAGACUAUUUCUUCUGCUGCGUUUUCGAUGUUGGAGAGCUUGCAAUAUCGGAUACUUUUCCUGAUAUGGUGGAUAGAGUUAAAGUGGAGCACUUCUUCAACAAGAAAACAGAACAAAAGCUGUUAGGCCGAAUCAAUCUCAAAUCAAAUGUUAAGAGGCAAACUCAAAGACCAAAUUUAUCUUCCAAGAUAAAAGUAGUAACAAAAUCAAAUGGUGUUACUGUAAAAGAUGAUAAUUCUGGUAGUAGAGUAAGCUCAUUGGUGAAAGAAUCAAAGGUAGAACCAGUUAGCAUGACCAAGCAAGUGCAUCUUCCAAGUGAGAAUAUCCCAGUAAGGCCUAAGACAUCCAACUCUAACAGUAGUACUCAGCAUAGCGAAAGCUCACAGUGCGAAGCUCGAGAUGAAAUUGAUAAAGCUGAAGUGAAAUUUCCUAAAGAUCCACUUACUAGCCCUGAUGAGGUCCAGCCUUACAAAAAGAGGAAGCUUUUUCUGGAUGAGAGGACAAAUGAUAAAGUUCAUAAUUUUGAUGGUCAACUAGGACAUGAUAGGGGUAUAAACAUUGAUAAUCAGCUUGUACAGGUUUCAAGAGUACCAGAUGAUGAUAGAAGGAAUUGGUUCGAGCAACAACCUUGGGAGCAAAGACUUGAGAGAGCUCAGGAAUCAGGUAGUCUGGUCUCACUUGAAAAUGUGGAUCCAUCCUACACGUCAGAAGAAGUCGAGGAUCUUGUUUGGCAUGCAUUUAAUGAGAAGGUUGAGGCCAAAAUGAUAGAACAGACAACAUUUUCUUGCCCUUGCUAUGGUAAGGCUCUUAUCAUAUUCAAGUCAAAAGAAGCAGCUAACUCAGCAAUUUUCCAAUUAAUGAAGAGAUGCUUAAUGCUAGCUGAUGGGAGACCACUAAUUGCGAGGAGAGAGUCUUUGAGGAAGGGUGCCAAAGUGGGAUUUGUUGGCCAUCUUACCGUUGACAAACUCCAACUUCAAAGGCAGACUGAAGAUAUGAAAAAGGCAAAGUCAACAUCACAUGCUUCUCAGCCCAAUAACAUUGAAUUUGAUAUGGGAAUGGAAUGGCGAUUGCUGCAACUACAAUCAGAUAUGUGGUGGAAGGCAUUACAUGAGCGACAAGCAAAGGAGAUAGAAGCUGUUAGAAACCAGCUAAAGAUGAAAUGGCAGUAGAUAGCAACCAUUUGGAGGUAUUAACAUAUCUAAAUACAGGCAGGGUUCGAAUCUUACAGGAAGGAUUUUGCUUUUAUGCAUCGCUAAGAUGUAUACGGAUUAGGACCCCAUUAAUACACAUAUCAUUCUCCAUAUUCAGGUGUGGGAUUCACAUUUUUGUUGUGAAACCGUACUUGUGAGUGGUGAUUGAAAAGCAAUGAGAGGAGAUAUCUAGGCAGACGAGAUGCAUGCGAUAGGGGUGGCCUUUAUUUUGGAUUAGCAUACAAUACUUGUAGAGUCAAACUCAGCUAGGUUAGGGGAGUUUGUGAAAUUAGAAAUGGGAUGAGAUCUUCCAAUUUUUGUGUGCAAGUUCUUUCCGAAUCCUAUUUGGCUACCUCCCAGUUUCCAGCUGAACAAUGUCAAUACGCUUAUCAAUGUACAAGUAAAAAAUUCCUUCAGUUUAUGAA